CCCUGAUCCUGAGCAUAAUCCAUUGGCACCCAUCAUACUCAUCAUCAUCAUCAAAAUUCACAAUGGCCACUCCGCUGCCACAGACGGACACGGCCAUCGACCAACCGCCGGUAUUCAACUACAUCCUCUCGUUCCUCCUUGUCGGCGUCGCAUGGGGGUUCACCACCCCCUUCAUCCGCCGCGCCGCCGCGGACUUCAACGCCCGCCAGGAGGCCCGAACAGGGCCAGCACCAGCACGAGCGCACCAACAGCACGAUGCCGACAAUGUUUCCCCAAACAACGAGCCCAACAGCGACGACGACGACGAAACCGUACCUCUAAACCCUAUUCCCACCUCCCGCGGACCGUCAGAGCACGAGCACAACCAACCCUCGACCGAUAACAGUAACGAUGACAACCUCAGCGAAACCGACCUCCCACCACCUCCACCUCCACCAUCGCAACAACCCGCCUGGAUGCGCCAGCAGUCCGCUUCCGCGCAGCAGAAAUCCUGGCUAAAGACAAAGAUCGUGUCUGUGUUCUGGACGGUGGUCAACCUCCUUCGGACCCCCGCCUAUUCCGUUCCAUUGGUAGUAAACCUGACGGGGAGUAUUUGGUUCUUUCUACUCGUGGGGAAGCAUGAACUUUCUUUGACCGUUCCCCUGGCCAAUUCGAGUGCCUUCUUGUUCACGGUGCUAGGCGAGUGGUAUGUCGAGCGGAAGGUGAUCGCACGGGAAACGUGGGUCGGAAUGGCGUUGGUGUUGGGGGGGAUUGCGAUUUGUGUCUUGUCGAAAUCUUAGCGGAUAGUAACUUUAUAGGCUUUAGAUCUGAGGUUGACCGCUGUGCAAGCACUGCGUCUGAGUAUAACUUGUAAGAAUGAUUCCCGUGAAGAGAUGGGCCCGAAACAGAGAUACUGG